CGCACUUUUCUGUUGUGAUCGCUGUCAUUGCAAGCGUUUGGUAUUAAGUGUGGUUCAAACAUUAUUAGCAAGGUAGAGGUUGCUCGAUCAACUAGAAUUCCUGCAAGUUCGUCUAAAAGAUUCAAUCUGGCUCCUUUCACCCCUCAAAUAGAAACACCGGAAAUGGCAGAAAGUAGGGAUCCCACUGUUUUAGUGGCUGAGGCCAUGGGCAGAGGAAAAAAAAAUUUAGUAACCGAAAAUUACUCUGAAGCUGCUGAAGAGUUCUCUUCAGUAUGUGAAAUGUUGUCUGAAUUACAUGGACCCAGUGGCGAUCAACUCGCUGAAGCUUAUUUUCUAUAUGGAAAGGCUUUGCUAGGCUGUGCCCGCGAAGAAGCAAAGUUGUUAGAUAUAACUGAAACUGCACCAACUGAAGAUAGUGAAAGUGAAGUAGAAUCGAAAGCUGAUGUGAAGAAAAAUGAUGAAAGUGUUGUAUCAUCGUCAACUGAUGAGAAGGAUGUACCUAGUUCAAAUUCAUCUGAUGAAAAAGGAAGUAAUACUCUGGAAACCGUUCCUGAAUCGGCAGAGAAAUCUGAAAGUACUGAAACAACUGAAAAUCCUUCUGAAAUGAAAUCAGAAGAUGAAAAUGUAGAGGAAAAUGCUACGAAUGAUGAUGAUGAUGAUGAGGAAAGUGAGGGUGAUGUUGCAACCUUACAGUUGGCCUGGGAAGUGCUUGAGAUCUCUAGUCAAAUUCUUUCCAAAAAGGAAGAUAAUGAUUCAAAACUUUUAUUAGCGGAAGUUUUCUCAGAACUAGGAGAGGUUUCACUGGAGAGUAGUAAUUUUGAAACUGCUUCAAAAGAUUUUGAGCGAAGCUUAGAAAUUUAUGAAAAACUAGAAAAACCUAUGCCACGAGAAAUAGCAGAAGCUCAUUUCAAGAUCGGCUUAAGUCACGCACUGAUGAAUUUAUUCGAAGAAGCUGUUCAGGACUUUACAAAAGCUGUAGAGAUCUUAGAUCAAUUGAUAAAAGAUACACCACAAGAAGACAAUACGCUUAUUAAAGAAUUAAAUCAAACUAAGGAAGAAAUUUUACUAAAAAUUACAGAUGUUAAAGAAUCGAAAGAACAGUCCAUUGAAGCUAUCAGAGACCAAUUAAAUAAGGUUUGGCCAAAAACCAGUUCACUGGGUUCUGCAACAACAAACGGUGCUGGAUCAUCAUCUGCUGUAAAUGGCACUGCUUCAGAUCUUCUCACCUCACCUUCUAAUAAACCAGCUGUUGAUAUCUCUCACCUUGUUAAACGCAAGCGAAAAACAGAUCAGGAGGAAGAGGCCUCAUGCCCUAAAAAACCCACACCCUAACUUAAUUACUAUUUACAAAUAAUUUUGUACUUUGAUUAAAUUAUCAGUAAACUACAUUUGUAAUUUAGAUUAAGAAAUUUUGUCAUUCAACUCCACAACAAAUGAGCAUAU